UUACACUUAGGAUGUGUUUGGCUUCGCGUCCUCUUCCAGGCUUCACCGCCGCCGCCUAAUCGAUUCUCCAAUCUCGCCGGCCGGCGUUCACUGCUAUAAUCAGUUCUUCAGAAAAGUUCCGGCGGUAUGGCAACCAACGCCAUCGUCUGCACGCACAAUCGACGAUGGACUAGCAGCCAUUCACUUCCCUCAUUCCUGGCGGCUGAGACAGCCGACUACCACCAUGGAAGCCGGCGGCUUCCCACACCUAUCAUAUCCAACGACGACGGAGAACGGCGGGGAUUCGGUCGAGCUCGGCCACGGUUAUUGCUGUCUAUACCUCACGGCACAGCGCCUCCGGCUAAGAAUAGCCCAAUCGGUCUGAGGAUUGAUGCAAGUAUUCCUCGACAGACUUUCUUUUGUCGCGCUAAGCGUGCUGAAUCCGGCAUAGAUGGAUCGUUAGUGCCUCCAACCUUGAUAGCAGCCGAAAAGGAAGAAGCCAAGGCCAUUUUGACAUUAUUUUUGAAGAAACAAGGAUCAAGCAAUGCAGCUGCUGCAAGGAUCAUCAACAAAUCGGAUGCUUUUAUCGAUCACCUUGUGUUGCGCCUUCACUCUGUUCAUAAGUCUCGAUACUUAGUAGGUCGAGAACUCACAACGCUCGAGAUUAGAGAUUCUCUUAUCCCUUACCUUGAGACCCUCCUCGAGGAAUACGGAUCCAUUUUGGUAGAUGUUGUGGAGAACUUUCCAGAACCACCCGUCAAGAGAAAAACAGAAGAAAAUGUUCAGAAACAAAACGCGAUCGAAGUUCCUGCCCCAUCAGUUUCUCCAUCUAUUCCAGCAGUGGACUCAAAGAAGUUAAAAGCUUUAGCUCGGGUGAGUGACAUUACCCCAACUGGAAAGCUUCCAUCUCAUAUCAUCUACCUUGUCGAGCUCGGCAUGGAACUUGAAGCAAUUAAGGAAGUGAUCCGCAAGUUCCCAGCUUUUGCAUACUAUAGUUUGGAGGGUAAGAUUAAGCCGGUGGUCGAAUUUCUGAUCGAUCUAGGCGUGCCAAAAACACACAUCCCAACAAUCCUCAGCAAAAGGCCUCAGCUCUGUGGAAUCAGCCUCACCGAAAAUCUGAUCCCCACCAUGGCAUUUCUUGAGGAACUCGGCGUGGAUAAGAAGCAAUGGGCAAAAGUCAUAUAUCGAUUUCCUCCUCUCCUCACUUACAGCAAACAAAAGCUCAUCACAACCGUAGAUUUCCUGUACGAGAUGGGGCUCUCGGCCGAGAAUGUGAGCAAGGUCCUAACUCGCUGCCCGAACAUUAUAAGCUAUAAUGUGGAGGAUAAACUACGACCGACUGCUGUUUAUUUCCAGUCUCUGGGUGUCGACGUUGCAGUUCUUCUCCAUCGAGCUCCUCAAACUUUUGGCCUCAGCAUUGAGGCGAAUUUGAAGCCGGUUACUGAAUUCUUCUUGGAGAAUGGAUAUAGCUUGGGUGAGAUUGCAACUAUGGUGUCGAGAUACGGGGCUUUGUAUACUUUCAGCUUGCCGGAGAAUUUGAAGCCGAAAUGGGAGUUUUUCUUGACCAUGGUAUACCCGAAAUCUGAAUUGGUUAAAUUUCCACAGUACUUUGGGUACAGUUUGGAAGAUAGGAUCAAACCAAGGUAUGAGAUUGUGAGGAAAUACGGAGUCGAGAUGCUACUGAACCAGAUGCUGUCUCUCUCGGAAGAUGAUUUCCGUAAACUUUUGGAUAAAAGGGUGCAGAAAAAAGCUUCAUGACAAAUUGGUGUUGUUCGACAGAAGAAAAAAUGUCGAAUGAGUUACAUAGAGCCAAUACAGGUUUGGCUGAUAAUUGGAGUUUUGGUUAAAACAGUCGAAUGAAUUGUUCCACGACGAACCCUCUGCUCGACUGGUACGUCUAACUCCUAAUGUUCAUACACAUCUUUUUGCAUUAGUCGUAAAUCCUACACCUCGACUUUAAUGUGCUGUGGUUAUGUUUUUGUUUAUCGGGUGAAACUUUAAGUUCUCGGCGUCUUAUAACUAUCGUGGUAAUUGUCGGGGCCAUGAAAUAAUUGUGUUGUUUCUUAGUUACUUGAAUUAUGUUAUGUUCAUUCUUGUGAAUGAAUUCAUGUGAAGCUAUCUAUGUAAGGAUGAUGAAUACUAUCAUUUUAGAACAUGGUAUCUUAUUUUCUGAUAUGAGAUGGAAAAGAUGAGUUGCUGCAUUGAAUUUUGUAUUUUGAAUGAUGAUUG